GUUCGAAGACCGUACAGUUACACCACCCCAUACAGAGAGAGAAUCAGAGAGAGAAAAAGAGAGAGUAGAGAGAGAGAGAGAGAGGAGAAGAACCCUUCGGUUCCAGUUUUUCCCUAAAAGAAAUUUUGAGAAGGGAGAGAGGGUUUGGAACAUGGUUGAGAAAUCUCUGAAAUGCAUGGGUUCGAUUCAGAGUCCCAUUCCCAACGCCGCUUCUUCCGAUUCUCCUCAGGUUCCUCCUCACUCUUCGCCUCUCAAAAUCUCCAAAUGUGAUGUUUUGACGAAGACGGUUUCGGCGACUGCUGCUGCUGCUGCGGAAGAGGAACCAUCUUCCACCAGGAGACACAGUGCUCGGAUUAAGCUCAGGCAGAAAGUUGAGAAAGAAGUUCUCGUUCGGCGAAGAGUCGAGUUGCUUGAUGGUCGUCCAGAAGGAGAUGGAGCUUCUAAGAAGAGAAGGCUUUCUUCUUCUUCUACUAAUGCCGUAGUUUCUACUCCCGAGCCUCUGGUUAUUGAAGAAAAUACGACUAUUAACUUAAGUGAGAGUGGUCCGACCCCUCUUAAUUUGGAGGGGAAGAGCGACCAUGCGAAGGUCAAGGAAACUCUCAGGUUGUUCAACAAGCACUAUCUGCAUUUCGUUCAGGAGGAGGAGAAGAGGUGCGCAAGAGUGGUGGAAGAUAAGAAAACAUCUAAAGGUUCUAAAUCCAAGAAAAAAGUUGUAGUAGAAGAUACAAAGAACAAAGCAAAGCGACCUGAUUUGAAGGCAAUAACCAAGAUGAUGGAGACUAAAGAGAUUUUAUUUCCGGGUAAAAGAAUGGGCAAUAUUCCAGGUAUUGAUGUUGGACAUCAGUUCUAUUCUCGAGCUGAAAUGGUUGUUGUUGGUUUCCAUAGCCACUGGUUGAAUGGAAUUGACUAUAUGGGGCAGCUCUACAGCAAAGGGGAGUACAGCAAGUAUACAUUCCCAGUUGCGGUGGCUAUUGUUUUGUCUGGCAUGUACGAGGAUGAUUUAGACAAUGCUGAGGAUGUGGUGUAUACUGGACAAGGUGGGCAUAAUUUGACUGGUGACAAACGUCAAAUUAGAGAUCAAGUUCUAGAGCGUGGCAAUUUGGCACUCAAGAAUUGUGUUGAUCAAGGUGUACCAGUUAGAGUUGUUCGUGGCCAUGAAUCUUCGAGCAGCUAUUGUGGAAAAGUGUACACAUAUGAUGGGUUAUAUAAGGUUGUUCAGUAUUGGGCAGAGAAGGGUAUAUCUGGAUUCACUGUUUUCAAGUAUCGCCUAAAGCGACUCGAAGGGCAACCAUUGUUGACCACUAACCAGGUUCAAUUUAGCUUUGGGCGUGUUCCUCAGUCAGUUGGAGAAAUACGAGGGUUGGUGUGCGAAGACAUCACUGGUGGCCAGGAGACUAUCCCCAUUCCAGCUACAAAUUUAGUUGAUGAUCCACCUGUUGCACCGACAGGUUACAAAUAUUUGAAAUCUAUUAAACCUGCAAAGAAUGUCAAGCUUCCCUCAGGUACCGGAGGAUGCAAAUGCGUAGGAACUUGUGUGGAUUCAAAGACUUGUGCAUGUGCUAUGCUUAACGGCUCGGACUUCCCAUACGUGCAUCGUGAUGGAGGCAGACUAAUUGAAGCCAAAGAUGUGGUCUACGAAUGUGGCCCCGGGUGUGGUUGUGGACCUGCCUGUGUGAACCGAACCUCUCAGAAAGGACUGAAGUAUCGAUUUGAGGUUUUCCGCACACCAAAGAAAGGUUGGGCUGUCAGAUCUUGGGAUUUUAUACCUUCUGGUGCACCAAUUUGUGAGUAUACUGGAAUACUUAGGAGGACAGAAGAUGUAGAUAGUGUCUCUGGGAAUGAUUAUAUAUUUGACAUAGAUUGCUUGCAAACAAUGAAGGGUCUUGGUGGAAGAGAGCGGCGGUCACGUGAUGCAUAUGGGUCUGAGAUCAAUUCAUCAGACAAACAUGAAGUAUCUGAAAGUUCUCCGGAGUUUUGUAUUGAUGCUGGUUACAGUGGGAACAUUGCUAGAUUUAUUAAUCAUAGCUGUGGACCCAAUCUGUUUGUCCAGUGUGUUUUGCACGCCCACCAUGACAUGAAACUUGCUCGGGUAAUGUUAUUUGCAGCAGACAACAUACCCCCAUUACAGGAGCUCACCUAUGAUUACGGCUAUGCCCUAGAUAGUGUGUUCGGUCCUGAUGGAAAGGUGAAAAAGGUGCCAUGUUACUGUGGUGCGGCAGACUGUAGGAAGCGCUUAUACUAAGUAUAGCUGACCUGUAAGUUUGUUCCAAACAGACAUUUUUUUUUAUGGGCUGCACCUACAAACACCGAGUUGCAAGUUAAUCACCAAGAACUAACCUUAUAUUUCCCUUUCUGGGAAAUUCCCAUGUUACACCAAAAGAUCAUAUUAUAAUUGAGAUGAAUGAAGAGAAAUGAUAGAGCAAUAUUUUGACA